AAUAAAUAAAAUCCCUGACCCAAAGUGCAAAACCAAAAAGAUUUACACUUUACUGUAUCGCCUUACCUUACCUUACCUUACAUAUACUCCCCUAAUUAUCUGUUUUUCCCUCCCUUCCAUUUCGGCCUCUCUCUCUCUUCCCUUCUCUCUCUAACUCUAAUCAUAUAGAGAAUCAAUGGCCGCUUCUCAAGCAAGUCUCCUCCUGCAAAAGCAGCUGAGAAAUCUAUGCAAGAAUCCAGUUGAUGGAUUCUCUGCUGGUUUGAUUGAUGAAAAUAACGUGUUUGAAUGGAACGUUACAAUCAUAGGACCCCCUGAUACCUUAUAUGAAGGGGGGUUCUUCAAUGCCACCAUGAGCUUUCCACAGAAUUAUCCAGUGAGUCCUCCAACUGUCAGGUUUACCUCAGAGGUGUGGCAUCCGAAUGUUUAUGCCAAUGGAAAAGUUUGCAUAUCAAUUCUUCACCCACCUGGUGAUGACCCAAAUGGCUAUGAGCUUGCUACUGAGCGCUGGAGUCCAGUUCAUACAGUUGAGAGCAUUGUUUUAAGCAUCAUAUCAAUGCUUUCUAGUCCAAAUGACGAAUCUCCUGCAAAUGUUGAUGCUGCGAAACAAUGGAGAGAGAAUAGAGACGAGUUCAAGAAGAAAGUAAGCCGAUGCGUGAGAAAGUCACAAGAAAUGAUGUGACCCAGUGUUGCUGCGGUGCUUAUGGUAUCUGUAGUCAAGAGAAGCAGCAAUGAACUUUGUAGAAUUCCUUACACCUUUUGUUUUCAAUCCAUUAUAACCUUAGCUCUUUGUGCACAUGUUUUGAGUGACAAUUAUCAGUCUUAGAUAUUAAUAUUUUGGUUUAAA